ACAGUACUUCUAACAACUGUGUAAUGUUUGAUUGGCGGCUACUUACUUGCCGCCCCCACUGAUGAUGUUACUUUUGCCUGUUUUUGUGUGGUGAUUCUAGGCUUUGGAAACUUUCUUUCGGUGUGUUUUGAUUACUGAUUCGUCUCUGUGGAGGUCUAAUGUGAACGGUACGGGAGGUCUAAGUGAAACAACAGUGCACUCUGAGCACAUGUCCUCUGUGGUUCGUGUUUUCUAUUCUCUCUUUUAUUUUAGUAUAUGGUAGUAUAUAUAGCUAGCUCGUAGAGUGGUCUGAAUUUCUCUCGCUCUCUCUUUCUCUGAUUACCUGGUAACACUCUGACUAGAAGAGUAUUGAUCUUUCUUUCAUCAUUUUGUAGAUUGCUGCCCAAUCAAACUAACACUAACACUGCUACUCAGGUCUGUUCCUUCUGGCUUAAUCCUUCCCCGGCAAUUUCCUCCCCUGGCAUUUGUCCUUCCCUAGGUUUUUUCCUUUUCCGGCUACCCACAACCCUGCUUAGUUACCGCUUAGUACCUACCAACCCCGACACUACAUCGUGGAAGAUCGGACAGUUGAAUGCAAGAAACGAAGAAGUUGGACGCUAGGGCCUGACGGCUGCGCGCCCUAACCCACAAAGAAGAAGAAGUAUAGGCACAGUGUAUAUAAAUAGAUAGUGGUGUGGUAAGCUUCAGACAUGUCUGAAUCACAAGAUUCUGUAGAAGGAAGUGGAAGAAUGAAGGGAGUGACCGUAGUGAAGCCAAUCGUAUAUGGGAACCUGGCUCGACCCUUUGGAAAGAAGCGGGAGGAGGAUGGCCACACGCACCAGUGGACCGUUUACGCCAAACCGUACAACAACGAAGACAUGUCUGUGUACGUGAAGAAGGUGCAGUUCAAGCUGCACGACAGCUACCCUAAUGCCACCCGGGUGGUCUCCAAACCGCCGUACGAGGUCACCGAGACCGGCUGGGGGGAGUUCGAGGUCGUCAUCAAAAUCUACUUCGAGGACCCUAAUGAGCGGCCGGUGACGCUGUACCACGUGCUGAAGCUGUUCCCCUCGAGCGGCGCCCCUGCGCCCGUCGUCAUGGGUCCGCUGAAGACGCUGGUCUGCGAGUACUACGACGAAAUGAUCUUCCAGGAGCCGUCGCUGAUGAUGCAGCAGCUGCUGACGUCCACUCGGCAGAUCACCCUCGGCCCGUACAAACACGAGACAGACUUUGAGGAGAAGCGGCAGAAGACUGAGGCAGCCAUUAACUCUGCUCGAGACAAAGUAAAACGAGAGAUUGACGACCUCAGGGACAAGCUAAAGCUGGCCAAAGAGACGAUCGCGCGCUUCCGGUCGGAGAUCGAGAAGUCACAGGCGAUGCACUGAUAGUGGUGAUACUUGUGCUCUAUUCAGCAUCCACUUACCCUGCAACCUUCUCCAGAGAAAGUAAUCCAAUUGACUUUCUGGGAGGUGGGAGGCAAGGGAAAGAGAGGGUAGGAGAUGUGUGGGGCCGUGUAGCGCGGUGCCGCUAUCUUGACUGUCUCCCCUUGCUCAUCAUGUCAUUUGUAUAUAUUCAUUUUUUUGUAAUAUAUCACUUAUUUUUGGC